CAACAACCUUUUAUAGCCACCAAGAUGCUGUUCUUCAGUUUCUUCAAGACUCUUGUCGACCAAGAGGUAACGGUUGAGCUCAAGAACGACAUCCAGAUCCGCGGAACGCUGAAGUCAGUCGAUCAAUACCUCAACAUCAAGCUCGACGAUAUCAGUGUGGUGGAGGAAAUCAAAUACCCCCAUCUUUCGUCCGUCAAGAACGUAUUCAUCAGAGGAAGUGUGGUGAGAUAUGUCCACCUACCAGGUGCCGUCGUGGAUACCCAGCUACUAGAGGAUGCAACAAGAAGAGAAGCAGCCCAACAAGCAUCGAAAGCGAAAGCAGCAUAAAUGAGGUUAUGGGCGAGGAUUUUGGCAUAGGAAUCCAAGGGCCAUGUGGCAACAGCUGCAACUGCAUAGCUUGUGGCAAGCUUGUAUACUGGAUCACAGGAGGACCCUCUGGGAUAUGAUAGAACUGUGAUAGUGAGGCAAUGUGGCCAUUAGAACAGGGUAUGGAGUUAGGCGUCCCUGGCCGGGCUGCUUGAAUUUCGCCUGGGAUGCAAACGGAUACCCAGAGUCUCACGGGACAUGGCUUCCUUUGAAGCUCUGAUAUAUGAAUGAUCAUGCAAACGCCAUUGAAC